CAGGAUGACAGGAUAAAAAGAAGUGAACACGAGAAGAAAGACAACAUUGUGAGGUAAAUCAGCGCGAUAUAACAACUUUAUUGUUUUAGAGACUUUAACAGUUUAUUUUUCCUCGUGUCAGGUCAUGUCUGUCUGGUCAGAAGUGUUGGGUUUGUGUGAAAAGUAUCAGACAUGUCCUCUCAGCAGAGUUUAGAAACAAGUCGUCAUUAACACACACAAAAAAACAACAACAAAACCAAGACCAGAGAUGGAGACAGCAGAAAGAUGAACAGUUAAAGGCACAUUUUUACCACAGUUAUAUCAGAAGAAGGCAGAGGUGGAAUGAUACUGAUAUAUUACACUAAAGUCUGUACAAUUUGCCUAAAUAAAAAUUAAAACUACAAUAAUUCUCAUUAUAAUUAUGCAAAAAGCACAUUUUACUAAACUAAUUGUUGUAAUAUAACCAACAGCAUUAAUUAACUCCACACCAAUCACACUGGUGUUAUUCCACAUUUAAAAUAAAGACUAUUGAAAGAAAUGUCUGUAAAUGCAGCAAGAGAUGCCAUACUUGUUUCGAGGAAUUUAUAAAGCAAAAUUUGGUGUUUAAUAUUUUAAAAUAAGAUUUGUAUUUAGGCUGUCAUGACUAUGAGCUUUAAUUACUAGAAUUAAGAGAUUUUGACAAAAAAAUUAGAUGAAUUCACUUGGUGAGAGUUCAGUUUUUUUGCAGUGUAGAUAUCCAACCAGCUGUAUGUCAUACAGUAAAUUUAAAGCUUUCAUAUUUUUAGAUUUUCUUCAUUUUAGCCCACUGACUAUUACUUUGUAUAAUAUAGUGCAGUACAAAUCUUCCAACAAUUAUGAUAUAGUAAAAAUACUGCUUUUAAAAACCACUCUGAAAAGUACAACUACAUAAAAAAGGCAAUCAAUUACAGUAACAUGAGUAAGUAAAUCAGCUACUUUCCACCCCUUGAAAGAGGUUUUGCAGCCAGAAAGGCUGGCAGAGAGACAUAUGAAAAUAUGUAAAAAGAAGUGAUUACAUCCAGACAUGGAAAUGGAGACAUGCUGCAGCCACUGUUACAUAACACAACAUUAACAAACAGUCCAUUCAUUCCUAUAAGCUCUAUCUUGCCAGGUUUUCCUUCAUUUUGCGGGCUGUUCUGAGGACCGCCAACAUAUUAACUUUAUCUCCAAACUCCUUCUCGCGGUGCUCCAGUAGAAUACCCUUAGGGGAGAAAAAACAAUUAUUACUCUUAAAACUUCCUAACACAGUCAGAAAAUACCUAUUGUGCAAGCUGCGGCCUACCUGAUCUCCUGGCCCAAUGACAAAGACUCCACCUAGGAUGAGUCCUUCACCUUUAAUGUUUCCCCUGAAGCCCCUCCUGUAAGCCCGCCAGAUGUUCCUCCACACCCCAAUACGCAGGAACAUGGAGAAACACAUCCACCUCAGUGUAGGGCCGUAGAAAUUUCUCUAUGAGGGCGAUACAUAAGAGCUAAUAUUAUGUAAACGGUCAUGUUUCUGUCAAGCACUUGAGUCAGUUGUAGAGGCGCAGACCUUCUGAUCCACAUAAACCCUCCCAGAGAAGUACUUCUUGAAGCAGUCCAGCUCCUUGCCGAUGUUUUCUUUCACCACAGCAAACAGAGGGACUUCAAGGUCGUACAGCUGGGACUUCAGAGAGGACAGCUCAGCGGCCUCCUAAAGAUGGAGCAGGGAGAAUCAAAAAACAUCAAUAAAAGUAAAGUAAUGUGCAUACAGAAGUGCUGUUUUGUACCUCUCUGCACAAUAAUCAUCCAGGCCGCCGCACAACCAUGACCACAGCGCCAGUCUUCUCCCACAGAGCUUUGGCCUUGUGUCGUUCAUGGACUGAACAAGAGAAAGACAGAACAUUGAGGAUUAGCAAAACCACAACGAAUGACUCAUAUUUUUCUGUCAAAUCCACUAGAUAAAGAUGCAAUAACUAUUUAAGCCGGCCAAGAGCUGUGAAUUUAUUCAUUUACAGUCACACAGAUGCCAAAAACUGUAUUAUGUUCAUCAUUAUCAGUAAACACAGGGAUUUCAUACCACAAAAAAGGGACAUUUCUGCAUGUUUAUUGUUUCUGAUUGCUGACUCACCUCCCCCCGUGGUCCUUAGCUCUGUCUCCUCCAGCACUUCCACAUUUGCCCAUGCUGGUUUGGUUUGAAACCAGUCAGUGAUGGAGUUGAAAAAGUCUGCAACAAACAGGCCCACCGCCUUUAGGACCGUGGUCACAGUCGCCAUAACCCAAAUUCACCCCACAGACGCAACUGCUGAGAAAACAUGUCAGAGGGAUGUCUUUCAAAAUGCUCUUGCUUCAGGUACUUACAAAAACAUGAAAAGAUUUACUACUUCAGUCUGUAAGUGUUUGCAUAACUGGAAACAUUAAGGAGAUGGUGCACUUCUGCAAACGUACAAAUUACUUUGGCGCCUGGUGAUCCAUGUGUUUGCCCUAGAUUUCUUAAGAAUGACUCAGACGUAACUUUCUUGCACUGUUAUGUUGUUGAUUACAAAACUGGAAUGUGCUAUUCCAUGUGACCACUCUGCAUUCUUUCACAAGUUGAUUGGAUUAACAACUUGAUCGAAUUUCGAUGCGAUGAGCAGUCAGGUUACUUAUAAUAAAAAACAGUAUCUGAUAAUACUGAAGUCAUCGAUCAAAAGUGAGACAAAGUUGAUACUCACCGGGCUGUGUUGCUCUGCUUGUGUGUAAGAAUCUAGUGUUUCCCAGCAGCCCUUUAAGCCCUCUGAGUGGGUGAUCAGUCCAAUCACAGUGAAAGCUUUGCUUAUGAGAACGUAACACAAGAGGAAUUCCUCAAAGACUGCUGUGAAACCAGGCUCAUGUUAAGCUGAAUUCUUGUACCAGGUUCAGCAUGGUGCAGAGUGGAGAACUCAUAAGAAAUCAGCGCUACCACAGCUUAUUUAAAUAUUAUGGUAUGUUACCUUAAAUAUAGACAUAAGCAUCUUUGAAUGAGUAGUUUUGAACAACAAAAACACAGGAAACAAUUUAGUAUCCUGAGUCUUUCUAUAAAGAUAAUGAACACAGUUUUAAUUAUGUAAGAUGCUGUAACUCGUGUGUGUCAGUACAGACAAAGAAUCUCUUUGUAAGAUUUGGCUUUUAUUGGUCCUUUUUAGGUCCAUGGCUGCAGAGGCCCUAAGAUCACAUUUCAGCUGUCAUGACAUAGAGCAAGAAUGCCCUCUGCAGGACGUGAGUAUCAUUACAGAGAGGACAAUAUACUUCUUAGCUCUGUUGAUCAAUUAUUAGCUCUUCACACUAUCUCCAGAGAUUAAAGACAAACAUAAGAAAACAAAACACUAGAAUAAAAUUUAAAAACAAUAAAAACAACACUUGUCAGGGUGAAAAAUAAUGUUUUCAGAAGAUCCAUACUACUUUGAUGACGUACACAACACACUCUAUAUUAGCAUUAGACACUUUUUUGCAUUUUUUUCCUCCUAAAAAUGCUAAAAAAUAUAUUUUUUUAAAGCAGGAUGGUAGCUUAUGAAAUUUUCUGCAACCAUUCUUUAUCAUUAUGCAUCAGCUCUUGCUCACUCAAUUAUGUCAGUUCUAAAAUCUAUGUAUGAUCAGACAAACAUCAGACUUGAUUUGUAAUGAUAUAUAUGGAAGCGGUUUUGUCUUUCUAAAGGGUCAAUAAGGAGAGAGAUUAUGGCACCACAAGUGACUUUCAGAGCCAUGCAGCUUUAUAUAGAUUACGUCCAAACCUUGUGCUCUAUUUUUACGACCCUUUUACAACCACCUCUUGUGAAAAUAGCAGCUUUAUAAGGGGGGAGCCAUUGAUAAAAACAGAGUCCAGCUCAGUGUGGUGUAGUAAAGGGGGCUGACUAUGUGUGUGGAAUGUGAGUGUGUAAAAGGAGUGUGUACACACCACCUCUCCACUUCUCUCUGCGUGUUUUUUGCUGCAGGUUUUAAUUGCUUUAAAUUUCCAGGAACGUAUUAUUGACAGACAGCUGAAGUGAAUACUUUUUUGUUUGGAUGUAUUUCACUCUUUGGUGGCAGCUUCAUACAGGAAUGUGCUGAGGGACCAAAAUGGGUUAGAAGAGAGGUGGGAUAGGAUGACACUCCUCCACCAGCUGCUGCACUCUUUCUGGCUGUUCUGAUCGGCCUAAUGCAGGGCUGUGUGAGGAUUCAGAGUCUGCCUUUACGCUUGUGUGUAAAGAUUAACAAUUUAAGGACAGCCUGUCUUCAACAUUUCUUCUGCACACAUCAAAUAACCUGUAAUUCAUGACAAAAAGCUGAAAUUAUUUCAUUUUCUAUAAGCAGAAAAAUCUAAUCUAUCAGGUUCAAAUGAGGUCCUGGGUUUUAUCAGACUGUUUUGCUGCUGAUAAUCUUGUAACAACCCCCCACACAUGCAUGCAUACACAAACACACACACACACACACACACACACACACACACACACACACACACACACACACACACACACACACUUCUAUACACACAUACAUAUACAAACAGAGAAUAGUCUCUUCUUGGACCAAUGCUGCUCCUGUUGGGCGUGUGCCUCGCCAACAGCCAAUCAGAGCUGCUCCUUUGCACCCCACCUCCUGUGUGGUGUUUUGCUCGCAGGUAUUGGUCGAAAUGUUACGUUUUCACAGUGCCAGUGCAGCCAAUCAGAAGUGGGUGGGUGGUAGUGAGAGAAGAACAGAGAGCAUAUUAGUAAUCACAGUCAAGAGUUCAUUUUCAAGAUCUGCUUCUAGGUCCUUUUUUACCCCCUGACUCUAUCGGUUUGUAGCGCAUGAAAGUUUACAUUAAAUGAGAAGAAAAUUAGAAGUAUUUUUAUUUCUAUUAAAACCAAAAUGAUGCAUAAGAAAUAUCCUCAGAGUAAAAGUUCAAAUGCAAAUCAAAAACAUGAUAACUAGAGGUCAUAAAAGUAACAAUAUAGAAAAUAACAUCCACAAUAUACAUCCAGUUAAGGCUGUAAAACAUUGUAAAGAUACAGAACAAAACCAGCCAUAGAAAGAACAAUAAACAUUAGAUAAGUCACCAUUAAUGACUAACUGUUAAUGGGAUUAUCUAAUGUUUAUUGCCGUGUUAUUCCUUAUAUAACAAAUCAUCCACACUUGUCAUUCUACAAUCUCAAACAUGCCAUAAAAGUUCAUGACAGGCAAAAUCCAACAUAUUUUCCCUGCUCCAGCCACCAUCCAGAUGAAACUGGUUGGUGACCAGUUGAGCUCGGAGCACAGAGAGUAGAGCCGCAGAGGUAAACCGUGCGUCCUUGAACCUGGGGAAAGACAAACAGGUGUUGACAGCCCCCAAGGCGGCCAGGGUUCAUUUAUCUCAUCCUGUUCAGUCAAGUUUGGACUCCCCCACAAACCUAGAAUUGACCACAAAGUCCUGACCCCAGGUUUUUAUCGUAACCACUCAGCACAGAGGGUCAUUAUGACACACAUUUCAUGUAGCCAAUCACACAGAAGGUGGAAACGUUUUAUUGUUGAACUGGGGCUUGUAUAAUGUGUCAGAAUAGAAGCUGACUUGAAGUCUUUGCAUGUUAAAUGAUUUAAAAAAAAAGGGGGUGUCCAUGCCCUCGGACUUGUCUGAGUGCACUCUACUCGAUAAACGAUGAGAAAGAUGAGAAAGAUGAGAAAUAAGCUCAAAAUCUGUCUUUGUAGAAACACAAAGGUCACCAAGCUUUUAUCGUUUUACUCUUCAUCUUCUAAGAGGCCAAGCAGCUCUGAGGAUGAAGGUUCAGCAGGGUUUAAACUUUAUCUAGAGUGUGUCCUCAGAAGGUUUCAUAAACCCACCUCUGCACACUGACCUCUUGGCCUGUUGAGUGGCAGGAAUAACCUUCAUUCCCUCAUAACAAAAUUAUAUAAAUGUUUUCUUAUAAUAAGUAGGAACAUCUUUGCUUUAGAGUUAGUCAAGACAAAGAGAAAAAGAGGAAAUUCACUCUCUCUCUGUGCUUAUUUAAUGUUUAUUCUGCAGAAUCGUGUAAGUGUAAGGAGCUGGUAAACCAAACUUUACACCUACAGGACUUCAAAAAUACUCAUUAACCUAAAAUUCAGACAGAUUUUCUAUUCAAAUGAAUUUACUUGAGCUGCAGAAGAAGCAAUGCGAAACAUUACCUGCAACAGAAUCACUAAAAAACAUUCAUGUGUACAUGUGCUGAACGUUCAUGCUAAGCAUUUGACUGUCUGACUCUAUUUUCUUUUGCAAAACAAACACAACAUUUGCACAGAGAGAUAAAGGAAGUACAUUAUAUGGAUGAUAUCAAUGCUUACAUAUACUUACGGAUUUAUUGGUUGUAACGCUGACAUCCUCAUAUCAAUUGGUACUUUUACACAAUAAAGAUUAAUCUCAUUCAUGCCAACCUUCUGCAUAGUAAGCUUUGCACCAUUAGAGUUUGUCUCAGGUGAGAACGCACCUUAUUUUUACACACAAAGCCUUGCAUCUUGUAAACAGAUUAAACAUGUUCGUUCAGGAUCUCAUAUAGCUCCCUGGUUUUGCAGCAGCAACAACGAAUGAUUUUGCACGGGUGAAAACUAAUUUGAGCAAACAAACUUGGUGGUUUAAAAAACUGCAUUGGAAAAACAUUUACCUGCAUAUAACCUUUGAAAAGUGGGAGUUUGACUUAAAAUCAUAGAAUGAUUUCAUCAUGACACCAUUAGUUCUUAAAGAUAUAUCCUGACCUUGACCACAGUGAUUAGAUUGUUUUUCUCUGAAAGUUUGCCCUCUAUGUUGAUGGUGUAAAAUGCACAUAUAUAGAUCACCCUGGCAGUCAGUUUUUCAUUUAUAAAAGUCUGAAAGUUUCACUGUGAGGUUAAAUGUAAAAUAUCAUUUUUUUAUAUUUCAGCGUCUGUUUCGGACAAAGAAACCGUCCCACUUUCAUCCCCUCAUUCUGACACGCUGUCAGUGUUCUGAUAGCCGUUAUCUUUUAACGUAACCAGAAUGAUCUUGUCGGCUUCAAAAAAAUCCCUCCGACUGGUCAGUCAUUAACAGAUGUUUAGAGGCACAACACACACAUCUCAGAUAGAGUUCACAUUUGCACACGUAACAAGUGUGGUGUCUCGGCUGUUUUCAUCCUGGCUCACACUGCCAGGCCAAAACAAACAGAGGUGUAUCAUUCAGAAGUGGCACAUCGUGCUACCAGACUACUGUCUUUGGCGUUGGGCAUAAUAUCACUGUCUCCUCUUGUAUAAUCUAGUUCACAUCUGCCUCAUUUUAAUGUGUCUGACCUUCCCCUGUAGAGCUGUAUCGAGUGAAGUCAAAAAUAAGGUAGCGACAGCACAGCCCACAAAAAUUGGCAGGUGUUCUCACAGUAGCAAAACCUGGAAGGUUGUAAAACAGCUAAGAAAGCACUUUGAUGUGAGACGAAGCGCUGGCUUAUUAGAUUUGGGGUGGAGCUUUAACUUUGGGCGUUCCCCUUUAUUUGACGACUGUAUAAUAACUCCGUCCUGUCACCGAAUAAAACAUUAAACCGUCUAUUUGAAAUGCCAUCCGCCUUAUUGAGGAAGUUACUUAAACUUCUAAUUUUUAUUUUAAUCAUGCUGUUUGAGCUGUUGAUUUGUUGGUUCAUUUGAACAAUUUCUGUUUUCUGUGCUUUCAUUUCAGCUGACAAAACUGUCUAUUGAUGGUUUAGGUAACUGUUUACCUGUUACUCUAAACAACCUGUACUGACCAUUAAUCUGCAUGUUAAAAUUAACUAAUUUAAUGCCUCUCUUGGCUUUUUACCUUAGUUGUUUACCAGUGAUAUUUUGUUAGCUGUAAAAAUCAUCAGUCUCAUUGCUGAUGCUCUUGUUUACUUUUGGAUAUCAUAAAAAGGCUAAAAAAGGCUUCAAUAUGAAUUUCAGCUCAUUUCAUAACCAUCAAAAAACUGCCCACAGGAGCUUUAACGACUGUUUCUACUGUUAAUCCAGCUAUCUGUUUAACUCUUCAUACUUUUCCUCUAUCUGUUGCUCGCAUUUAUCCAGUCAUUUUAGACAUUUCAACUCUUACUUUUCAUACUUAGACAGACAUUUAAAACUUACUCUUUUAUAUUUCUCUGUCCAUACAUUUUUGUUAGUAACACUUUUUACAACUUAUUUUUCAUGCAGUUGUUUGUGUUACAUUUAAAAAUCAUUUUAACCAUUAUUCCAUCACUUUUAGCUUUUUCCAGUCGAUUACAAAUAACUUUUGGUUCAUAAACCAGCAGAUUAUUGAAGAUAUUUUCAUUUAGCUGUGGUGUUAUCAAGUCAUUUAAUCUCUAUCUAUCUUGUAUUUUAUUUUUGGUAACUGUCUUAUUUAAAAGCUGUACUAAGGUAGUUUACCACCACCAAGGUGUGACUGUGUGAGCGAAUGAAUGAUAUAAAGCACUUUGAGGUUCUCAAAGUUUAAUCUUUUGUUUAAUAUUUUGGUUAUUUAAGCUACUUUGAACAUAUUCAUACUGCUAAUACGCUUUCUUCUAAUAACAGUUUCUUAUGGGAAGGAUUUAUCUUGAAACAGUUUUAGCUUGAACAGUGUUUGAGAUUAAAUGUUUUGUAUGUUGGUUCCUAAUAAUAAGGAUACUUUUAUAUGACUGUUUUGAUUUGAUCCUGCAUAACUGUUUAAAGACUUUGCUGGCUGUAAAAAUUUAUGAGGACGGGGUCAUAAAGUCAUUACUUUCUUUUUUCGAUGGGCUUUCAAUCUGAAAUAUUGUGUUUUUUUUCUUCUCUGGUAAAAUCUGCUUCUAAUUGGCUUGAGGCAAAAGGAGAGCUCUGCAUUUUAUUCACUGUUGAGACCUUGUUAAAAUUCUAUGCUCAUUUCAUGAGGUUAGCUCAACACCAACUGAAAUUAGAGCCAGAUGAGAGCAAGGCUGAGUGAAACAGCUUUUGCCUCUCUGUGUUUACGCCACAAUAAUGCUCAUGUCUCACUGUCUGCAGAGCUUGUGCACCAUAUGAAAAGCUACAGGGUCAGUGUCUGUGUGCUGGUGACAGUCCCAUUGUUUCUCCAGGUGUAUGUUUAUGGCUGCACAUAACAGCAGGUUUUUUUGUGCAUUCGCUGUGCAGAGAGGAGUCACAUACUGUCCCUCAUUUCUGCAUAAAAAAACACAGAUACGGCGAGACGUCUGAAAGGCUUUGAAAUAUCUGAGAGACACAUCUUUAUUAUUCGAUCUUCUCUCAGGAAAUGGCUCGAUUUUCUCUACCUUGUUGCGUACAGAGACGUAGCCUCGGGCUUAAAGUCAAUGGAAGAACAGGUGACCGUCUGCUGCUAACUCAAUCAUUGGCAGUGAUGGAAAGUACCUCAUAUCAACUAAUUCACUCUGCUUUUAUUUUCAAGUUGUGGAUAGUUUUAUGUACAAAACCCAAGUGAAAGACUGUAGAGUGUUUCCUGAAUACUGCAAAGUGUGGUUUUAUGGCACCUUUAGUAUAUCCAAGCAUCGUUACUGUCUCUGUUAUGAUUAUGACUGAUGCAUUUAUUAAGAGAAGCUUUAGCCUUAAAAGUUCAGAUUAUACUUUGCAAUGUUUAGUGUAAAGUCGUUGUCAAUAACUGUUAUCAUUUUAUGUAGAAAGGACUGAAUAAAAAGAUUAUGCUCUCUUACUUCAGAUUGAAAUCAUGGAAACGUCAAGUGUUUAUAAGUUUCACUCGAGUCACUCACUUACAAUAACAAUCCAUUUAUGAUCUAUAGUUGAUUAAAUUUUCUCGCUUUAAAUAUUUCUAUUUGCUGAUUGUUUUGUUGAAAGUCUAUUACUUAAUUAGCUGUGACUUUCUUACUUUGACUUUUGUUAAACAAGUUUAAACAGAAUCUAGCAUAAACCACAGUAAAGGCGUCAUUAUCACAGCUGAAAACAAACAUCUCUUCCUGUCUCUCUGUCCACAGAUUCUCCCAACAUGACUGUGUCAUAGCAGACAGUGCUGUCCCACCGCUAUGACAGGGGGGAGGUAAACCCCCGUCUAAGAUCUUGUUGCUCACGCCUGUAAAGCAUCUGACAACACAGAGGUGAUGGCUGUGAACACACUCAAGCAUCAUGCAGCACACACAGGGUUAACAAGCAGUUUCCACAAGCUGAAAUACCCUCCCAUCAUCCACUCCCCCCUGGAAUGGACUGUCCCAUGGAUUCACAUGACAUGCGUGUGUGUGUGUGUGUGUGUGUGUGUGUGUGUGUGUGUGUGUGUGUGUGUGUGUGUGUGUGUGUGUGUGUGUGUGUGUGUGCGUGUGUGUUCUCCUGGCCAUAUAUAUUGGCCCACAUGGACUCAGACGUGGAGUUUAGUAGGGUAGACUUUGUAUUGGCUGCAGAGCUGUAGGCCUCUCUUUCUUCAUUUACCUCUCAAAGAGAACCAGUAGGAAUAUAAAGCAGCCUUCAGAUCUCUCUGGACUGCUUGUUUGUGGGAAUUGAGGGACCUUUUCUUCCUGAGAGUACUGAAUACCUGGCCUUGUAGAAAACAUGAGUGAUCUGCUGGACGAUGGCUCUUUCAUGUUCACAUCGGAGUCUGUAGGAGAGGGACACCCUGGUGAGUCUCGAACCAACUUUAGACAGCUGUGUGUGAAACUAGGACUUUUUGUCACACUGAAUAAAAAGUGUGUCAAAGUCUUUCUUGUGAGAUAUUUCACAACUCACAAAAAACUCCUUCCAUAAAUUUAAGUACUUUUUUGUUCAUUCACAGACAAAUAAAAUUCAAAACUGCUGCUUUAACUAGAGUGUGCCUUGCAGAAAACAUAAACACGUGCUUUAGUUAACAUUUUGCAAGUUGAACUUUGUGUCCAGAAUAACUCCAUGGUGCGGCAUAUUUACUCUACCAGUGUGGAUGGUAUUCCAUUCAUUGCAACAUGUGUUUACUGCCCCUCAAUCUCACUCUCACUUAUGGGAAGCAGAAUGUGAGUGUGAGUGAGUGAGUGAAAGAGAGUGGUGUGAGCUUGUGUGACCGGUGUAAGGUUGCACGCUGAGGAAAAAGUGAUCGACAAAACGGAGAGCAGAGGGGCAUGCGGGCUCCACGCUUGUGCAAAAUGGGGUUUGUUAAAUACAUAUAUACAAAUGCAGCUGCUCAAGGUACAACUCAUGCAAACUGGUGCCAAAAAGAACCUUAUCUUACAGUUUUGUAAUAAUUUGAGUCACCUAUCAGAGGUGUUGAUAAGAGAUAUUUUGAUAGCAAAGGAUAUACUUCACCUUACUGAACCAACACCAUGAAGGAAAGCUGGUGUAUAAUGAGAGAGUUGCUACACAUUUUAUAAUAAGCAAGUUUUUUAUCACUUAGAAAUACAACCCCACAUAAACCAAUUACUGAAUCUUGAUGUGGGGCUUUAAAGUUCUGCAGAAGGAGACUCAAACGAAGCCCAGGUGCUCUAUGCAGACCUUUUUACUUCAAACCUAAUGAUAACAGUUAACAUGAUGUACUUUGUCCUCUCCGCUGCUGCAUUUGGACCCCUCCUCCCCUCUACCCCUUUGUCAGUAUGUUGCAAUCCUUUCACAAAUAUAUAACCUUACAAAGUCCCCUCUGCUGGAUCAAUAAUCAGUAAACUCUGCAAAGAGAACCAGUCCAGUCGUGCAGCUUUAUAGAUAAUGACACGAUGUAAAAGAGGAGCAAAUUUGCAAUAAUGGGUCGACCUAAAGUGCUGCAAUGCAAACGCUUUAGGAUGUUGUCAAAGUAAGGUUUUCUAGAUGUUUUGGAGCCGCCUCUAACCCAGUGGUUUAAGCUUGCACUCCAUUUACAGAGGCUGAUACCCUCAUUGCAGCGGUUGCUGGUUUGACCAUUAGCUGCAUGUCUUCUCCCUACGUUUCCCUUCUUUCUUCAGCUGUUUUAAAGGAAGAAGAAUAGCAUUCUGUAAGAGUAAGAAACACUCAGGCUGGUAGUUGCACUAAAAUCAGGUACAGCGGAACAAAAUCGAAACAUUAUUCGAAGAAGGAAUGCGGUCUAUCAUAAUCGUAGAGCUGUGAAGAAAAGCAGGUGGCUUCAUUUCCCAGAACAUUUCGCUCUUUUUAUUCACUCAGUCAUGUGAUUUAUUUUACCAGCAGGGGCCAAGACUAUCAGCUCUGAUAAAACAACCUCAGCUAUUUAUUAUUGUUUUUUUUUCUUUUUCUUCACACAGUUUCCCUGUUUAGAUUUAAUUUAAAUUAACUAAUAUUUCCAUCCAUUUGCAGAAUUAAACCUGCACCUUCUCUGAGGUGUGUGGCCUUGGCAGAAUGCUGUCAUGCACACCCUCUGCUUUGAUAACACAGCUCACAAUCUGGGCUUUUCCCACUGAUAGCGACUGUUUCUGUAGAUCAGAGUGACAUAGGUUUGCAGAAGAGCACUGCAAUAUUUGAUAUGGCUUUUAUGGGAUCUGACUGUGAUCAAACUACAUUUUGGGGCUUGCAGGAUUGUGGUAAACCAAUAGGAUUAGAUGUUGAUGUUGUUUCUGAUGUAAUCUGCGUGUUGCAUUGCUCCAGCGGGAUGACAAAGAGAACAGAGCAGGUUGUGAGGUAUUGUUCUGCAGCUGCAUCGCGUCCAGCUGACACUAUUAAAUUCACACGCAGAGAUAUGUGGAAGAGGAAUUCAGUAAGCAGCACCAUCUUAAAAUGUGUUCUUUCAGCAUAAGCAGUUUAAUAUCACUUUAAUGAAAAACCAAUGAUGGUUGAGCUUUGAGAGGUAGCCUUUUUUAUCCUUUGAGAGUUGCAGUUACCACCCCUCAAGUUUCAAAUAACCAGGUCGGUAAAAACAAAGCUGUUCUGAAUCCAAACAUUUUGCUUGUUGCCUUCCUGCAGACAAAAUCUGUGACCAGAUCAGUGAUGCUGUCCUGGAUGCCCACCUGAAGCAGGACCCAGAUGCCAAAGUGGCCUGCGGUGAGAAAUAGAGAGUUUUAUUAACCCAAGAAAAAACACUGAACAUGUUUUUUAAAUCAGACAAAAGUAAUAACUUGUGACAUAACUGACCCACUGGCCUGAUUUUUCUCCCUAAAAGUCAAAGACAUUUUUGAGAUAAUUUAUUGUAUUUCAGUAUUGAUCCCUGAGAGUUACAGGGUGAACACUUGCCAGGAAAAACCCUGUGACCCUUCUUUGUUGUUUUCUUGCUAAUUUCCAAGAAAUCAAUGUUCAAAAGUAAACUGAAGCUCCUGUUGGUCUCCAAAGUAAAAAAUUUUGUUUUGACCAAUAGAGACGGUGUGUAAGACCGGCAUGGUGCUGCUCUGUGGGGAGAUCACAUCUCGUGCCGUUGUGGACUACCAGAAGGUGGUGAGGGACGCAAUCAAACACAUCGGCUAUGACAGCUCCGACAAAGGUGAAGAAAAUAAUGAAAACCAGCAGAAAUAGAUUUGACGUGCUGAGUGUUGUCAGAGUUCAACUUCAUUUUCUCUCUGCAGGUUUUGACUAUAAGACGUGUAACGUGCUGGUGGCUCUGGAGCAGCAGAGUCCAGACAUUGCUCAGGGAGUCCACAUUGACAGACAUGAGGAGGACAUCGGAGCAGGAGACCAGGUGAGACUGUAAAAAUUGAGUUUGAUAAAUAUUUUCAUUUUUUGUUCGUUAAACUAAAGUCAUGCAGAUAAUCAGCUUUGUUGCUGACAUAAUUGUCACCGACACAGAGCUGGUUUAAACUUCUUUAUUAACAGUCUGGUAGUGGUUUCUGACAAAGGUCAGGACCCUUCAAUCUGAGCAAACAGGGCUGUGAGGGAAGUGCUCAACUUUAAGAUGUGCCUUAAUUAAAAAUACUAAAAACUUCUGAAAACAAAAACAGAUAUUGUCGACUUAUUGAAAGAUUAAUAUAUAAUAUCUUGUCUGAUGUGAAAGUACUGAUAUUUCGCUCCUCAGAGGUCACACUGUAAUCGUUUUUCUGUCAUUGUUGCUUUUUUUAUUGAUUUCUGUGAAUGAUCGGUGACAUUACCGAACAGCUCGUAUAUUUCUAUUCCUGUUUUUUGCUCUGACCGUCUGUCGUGCUCUUUUCCCUCUCUCUGCAGGGUCUGAUGUUCGGCUACGCCACCGAUGAGACAGAGGAGUGUAUGCCUCUCACCAUUGUUUUAGCCCACAAACUCAACUCAAAGAUGGCCGAACUCAGACGCAACGGCACCGUCCCCUGGCUGCGUCCCGACUCCAAAACACAGGUGAGGAUUUGCAAUCCUAAUCCCAAUUCAAACGCCAAACCUUAUCAGCCUUUCUUACUUUCAGUUCGUUGUUUUUACUCUGGAUGUUUCCUAAGAGAUUGAUCUUAUUGCUCAAUUAAACAAAAAUCCUGGAUCAGUUGAUUCUUCAAGUUUUACAAGCCCUUUGGGAAGAAGUGAUAGACAAUUUCUUCAUCUUUGUUUCUUUUUAAGUGGCUACAGCCUGCAGAUUGUUGGAAUAAAUCAAUACUGGAACAUGAAACUUAAGCUGUGCUGUAGCUCAGGAUCAGUUUUAUAUGUAUUCAUAAUAAAACUUUAACUCUUCCAUGGGUAAAUUUGAGUAGUAGCAGCAGAAGCAGCAGCUGGUCUGAGAUUAGUGUGAGUGAAAAAGAAAGAUAGGAAGAGAAGCAUUGAUAACCUUCUUGUUCUUCCCUCAGGUGACAGUACAUUAUGAACAGAAGGAUGGAGCUGUGAUUCCCAAGAGAGUUCACACAAUCGUGAUCUCUGUGCAGCACGAUGACUAUAUCACCCUGGAGGACCAGAAGAGGAUCCUUAAGGAGAAGGUAGAGCCUCAUGAACACACCCAACUCUGCUCCGUGUUUUAUUCAAGAGACCAAAGAUCUGUAUUUUGUGGUGAUCAGGUCAUCAACGCUGUGGUUCCUGCUAAAUACCUGGAUGACAAGACCAUCUACCAUCUCCAGCCGAGUGGUCGCUUCGUCAUUGGAGGACCUCAGGUGACCACUGCUUGUUUCAUAUUUUAAAGUAGAAGAAAAGCCACUGCUGAUUUUUGUACUCACUGUCCACUGGUUUGAUCUUAACAGGGUGAUGCUGGUGUGACAGGCAGGAAGAUCAUUGUAGACACAUACGGAGGAUGGGGCGCCCACGGGGGUGGAGCCUUCUCUGGCAAAGACUUCUCAAAGGUGGAUCGCUCUGCUGCCUAUGCUGCUCGUUGGGUGGCUAAGUCUCUGGUCAAAGCCAAACUGUGCAGGAGGGUUCUGGUUCAGGUGAGUGAACACAGACUAAAACUACAUUUAGGCCAUGUCAAGCAUUAAGUGAAUAAACAUGCGCUAACUGAAACAUUUUACGUGUGUUACAGGUGUCCUAUGCCAUCGGAGUGGCCCAUCCUCUCUCCAUCUCCUUGUUCACCUACGGUUCCUCUGAAAAAACAGAGUCAGAGCUGCUCCAGAUCGUCAACAAGAACUUUGAUCUGAGGCCAGGAGUCAUUGUCAGGUAAUCCUGCAUAUAUGACAUGUGACCCUUACCUAUAAUACACUUUGGACUGCUUCAUGUAAGACCACUCAUUGUUGAGAUGUCAAGUGAUUUUACCGUAGAGUAGAGUGAUCGCAUAUGCUUUAGGUUAGCGGUGCUAGUGUGCUUUCAAGGGAACACCAAAGCUCAACAUUUUCAUGUAGUACAAAGUUGUAUUUACACAAAUAAACAGCCCUGGAUGCCAUAUGAAUAGUGGUGUCAAGGUGGGUCGUCCUGUUCCUCUGCUCAGCAGAGUCUGGUCUUGAAUGUUGGACUAUCAGUCGAGAAAUCUCUCCUGUACUUCUGUUGAUUUAUGGAAGAGCAACCAAGAAAAAUAACUUAACACUGGGUCAGGUUAGAGAUGUUUGGAGUAGCUGCAAAUAUCUGAAUGAUCCCAAAGCUAACCAAUUAGAAAUGUUCAGUGAUAGGAGCCCAAUUUCUUAGUUAAGAGGCUCUUCACACUGAAACAUAUUCAGAAGACAAUCUUUCACUUGUGGUGGAUUUUGGCCCUCGACAUGAAAAUGGUGUUUUAGGUAGCUGAAAUGCAGUUUUCUGAAACCGUGUCUCAGAGUUGGACUUCCUGAUGGAUACCCCUUCUGAACUAUAUUAUGGAAAUCUGGAAAAGACACAUCUUGAUAAAACCUUACAGCCCCAUUCACAUAUGUGUUUUAUGUUACCAGUAAAAAAAGCCGUGCGUGAGGCAGCCCUGAUAGGAGAGCAAUAACAAUGAUCGACUACUGAGCUGUGUUUGUGUUAGUGACUCUGCUGAGUCACCCAUUAGGGGAGAGGUGAAAAAACAUCUUCAAGAAUUUUAACCAAGUCCAGUUGCCUCUUUGCAUCAAGCCUUGGAUCCACUAAGUUUUUGAACCUCUCUCUGGAAAAGUGUAGAUUUACUGCACCGUUAGUGUGCAUAUGUUGACCAUCACCCUGCUGGUUGUUCAUACUCGCUGCUCUGCUGAAGAGCGCCUCUGUGCACAGGUACAUGAUGUUCUUCAGUGGUGUUUCAGUACAGAGUUAUACUGCCAGCUACUGGCCUCAGACCUUGACUACAGCAUUGAGUUUUCUCAAAAGGCUUCUUCUCCCAACGUCCGGUGAUGGAUUCAUGACUACAGCAGCUGCAAGCAGGCUGUUUAUGUCUCUAGUGGCACCUUCUUCUUCUAUUUUGCAGUGAAAGCUGUGUGUGACAAAAGAUAGAAGGGAGAAUUAAACACGAAAUCCUAAAAACCUGACUCUCUUUGCACAUUUUAUGUUCAUAUUUCAGGGCCAAAUACAACAGCAAUCAUAGGUUCAUUUGUUCUUCUAUUGCACUGAGAUUGUUUAUUUUUUAUAGUACACAAAACUCAAAAAUAAAUUGGUACAACACAGCAAAAAACAUCAACACUAGCACAGUGAACAUGUCACUUAUUGAUCCUUUUUUGAAAGCUUGUUGAAAUGUUCCUUGUUCUUACACAUUUUGAGUUAUCAAGGAAAUAACAGAGGUUUAACCCUGAGAUGUCUUCUAAUCGCCUCUCAUGUUGCGUUUCUUUUGUGUCUCCCUCAGGGAACUGAAUCUGAAGAGGCCGAUCUAUCAAAACACAGCUUCUUAUGGCCACUUUGGCCGGUCAGAGUUUACUUGGGAGCAGCCCAAAAAGCUUGUCUUCUAAAUACUCCACCUGCUCGUCCUGAUCAACUCACCUGGAGGCCGAACAAGAUGCCUCCACAUGGGCUGUGACUGGCCUGCUCCGUCAACAGAAAGGGCAUUUUUUUAAUAGGAAGAACUUGAGCCAACAGUAGGGUUUUAUCAGCUUUAAAGAGGUGAGGAGGUAGUUAUUCGCAGACAUGGUUGUAGCUGAUGUACAUGUAAAGGGACAAUGCAGAGGACAUCUCAUCUCCCAAUUCCCCCAAUCUUCAAUUGACUGUGACUUUCGGUGCUGUAAGAAUAUUCAAACAAUCACCAGUAAAAGAUAUUUUCAGGUAAAGUAAGGGAACACAACAGCAAAAAAGUCUCAUAUCCCACUGGAAGCAGAAUGUUUACCUCAAAGCUGUGACAGUUCCUCUCUGAUGAUGUACAGAAACAACCCUGGUGCUUUAUUUUUUUAGGAAGUGCUUCAGCAGGUACUGCUAUUUAGGGGGUCAUACCUCUACUCCCAAUGUCCUCAUGUGCUAUCAUUUUAAGAGAUUAGUAAGAGAUAUUAAAAAUACAAACUACAAAAGAAUGACUUUCCCCAGUGUGUCUGAUAAAUAUGUGAUUGUGAUGGGAAAAUAUGACCCUGGGAACACAGCUAUGAUUACCGUCUAUCAUGAAUGUCAGAAGGUUAUCCGUUUGUAGCCAAAGCCUCACCUUUACAAGAAAACAUCCUCUUUUUUGUCACAACUCUGAAAUAAGUCUUCAUUUGUAAUGUGUGCAGCUGUUUGCACUGUUACAGUCAGGUCAUUAUAACUGUUGUAGGUUUAUGUUACAACUCACCUCAAGUCAGUUCAUCCGUCUUCUGCUGUCAUACUUCUCUUCUUCUCUCUCAUCAUUAUCUUGACAGCCUUGGAAUUUCCUUAGUCUUACCCUGCAGCAUAUAUUCAGUCUAUGAUCUGCAGUCCUGCUGCUGUGACUCAGUCUGUAAAUGCGACUGAGUUAUCUGAAAAAUAAACUAGACGUCUUAAUUCUGAUUUCAUUGAAAAUCAGUGUCUUCUCUCUAUGCAAGCUUUCAGGACUAAAGAAUUUAGUGGACCACUCUGAUGUCUUACAGUUGUUGCAUUAUAACAGUGCAGUGAUGCAAUUUCAAUGCUAAAAUGAUUGUUAUGUUUUAUACUAUCUGAUCCUUCGAUAUAUUUUAGAUUUGAGCAAAUUUAUUCUUUAUUUCUGUAUAAGCAGAUUAUUAUCAGGUUUUACAGGCAGAAAUCUUUAUCUCGGGAUUUCAGGUUAAAAGGGAGAAUUCAUACAAGUAUUUUUAAAAGGGCAUUAAGACAUCCUCAAGCCAGCUUGAGCGUUAAAUUAUUUCCUCCUCCAGCAUAUUUAAGAGGUGUGAACAGUCGUCCAACUUCCUGUCUGUUGAUGUUUAAGACUUUGUGGUGAGCGCAACAGCCCUGCUUUUAUCUACUGCCCGCCUUAUUUUUAUAGGAGAGGUUUUCCUCUGUUCAAUGUGAUGAUCUGUGUCACCUUCUGUCAAAUUUGCUGGCAGAAACUGGACAAUGUAAAUAAUUCAACAAUAAAGAAAAUCCAAGAAAUAA